GUUUCUUAUUAUUAUGACAACGAAUUAUUCCUAUCAAAUUUGAGUUUUUAUUCUUCGGAAUUCUCUCAAUCACAUUCACAAAAUUCUGCUAUUGAUUUACAAACCGCACCAACCUUUUCUGAACCUACCUUUAACCAACAAGAUAAUUACCUCCAAAUUGAACAUUCUACUUCACUUGA